AUGCGCACGCCAACCUCGUUGACGGCCUCCCUCGGCCUGCUGUGGAUCCCCCUUAUGUUGUCGGUGGCCGGCGUCGUCGCGGGAGCGGCGGACCAGCAUGAGGUCUUCGUUGGGCGGGAUGUGCACCUGUUCGCGAGACAGCAGCUGCCCGACCUCAGCAACAUCUCGACAUGCGGAUUGAACUGUCUCAUUCAGGGCAUCCAAGGAGUCGGGUGUGACCUCACCAACACGACAUGUUCCUGCGCCAGCACUGGGCUCGGUCAGCUAGUUGCGCCCUGCCUGUUGGCAAACUGCACAAUGCAAGAUUCUUUAGACCUUGCAAAGCUCCAAGCUACGCAGUGUAACCUACCGCACGAGUCCCAGACGGCCAAGGUGCUGGCCAUUCUCAUCGCGGUGUACACAGUCGCGGCUCUCGCUGUCGGACUGCGCCUGCUUGCAAAGAACCUUGCAAAGACGUGGAACCUGGACGACGUACUGAUCAUCUCGGCCUUGGUCAUUGCCAUUGCCCCCGUAACCUUUAUCAUCCUCAUGGCAACCAAAGGGUUCGGCACGCACUUAUACGACCUUGAGCCUGGCGGUCUGCUCGAGGUGUUACGGCUAUUAUACGCCGCCGAGAUCGUAUACGUCUUCGUGCUGCUCCUCGCGAAGCUCUCCCUCGUCGUCUUCUACCUGAGAAUCUUUACCGUGCGCAAGUUCCGCAUCGCCGCCUACAUCCUCAUCGGGUUCCUCGUCGUCGGCCAAGUCGUCAUCGGCUUCCUCACCAUCUUCUCGUGCCACCCCAUCGAGCUCUUCUGGAACCGGGACAUCCACACGGGCGGCUGCCUCGACGUCAACCAGCUGGCCUACGCCAACUCGGCGCUCGCCAUCAUCCAGGACCUCAUCAUCCUCGCGCUGCCCAUCGCGAUGCUCCCGGGCCUGCAGAUGAGCCGCAACAAGAAGAUCUCGGUCGCCAUGGUCUUUUUGCUCGGCUCCGUCGGCUUCAUCUCCACCAUCAUCCGGCUGCAGGUGCUCGCCGUCUUCGGCAGCUCCAUCGACCCCACGUGGGACUACGCCCCGGUCGUGUGGUGGACGACGGUCGAGCUCGGCGUCGUCAUCGUCUGCGCUUGCGCACCCAUGAUCCGCAACCUCGUCGACAAGGUGCUUCCGCGGUUCGUCCUGUUCACGAGGUGGACUUCGCCCAAGCCGUCCAAGGAGGGCAGCUCCCCAUCCUCGAGCGGCGGCAGCAGCAAAGGCGGCGGCGGCGGCGAGAGCCCGCGCAAGAUGGGGCGGUAUCAUAAGUUUGGGCGAACCCACAGCCCGCCCCAGUUCAGCGACAACUACGUCCGCGACCAUCUCACAGGCCCGCGAGGCCCGCCGGUGCCGCCCAAGGACCACCGCACGGUACCGCCAACCUACCGCGACAUGUACGCGUACCAGGGGGGUUCGAAGCAGCCCAAGGCGCUGGAGCCCCCGCCCUCGCCACCGCAGCCGUUCGACCUCUCCUGGAGAUCGAUGAACCCGUAUGGAAUCCCGAAAGAAAACCUCGAAGAAGGUGUUGGGAAGAAGAACUACAACAUAGACAUCGAGAUGUUAGAACGGAAAGGACAAGGAGGGAGACGCGUGCUUGUGGAACAGAGGGAGCUCUGA